AUGCACUUGGUACUGAGUGCCACACUGGGCCUGCUGGUCUCGUCCACGUUGGUGUCGGCGCAGACCUACACCAACUGUAAUCCUCUGUCGCAGACAUGCCCCGCUGACCCUGCACUGGGAAGGGCCGACCAAACUUUCGACUUCACACAGGGCUCCUCUUCUGACUUCACGGCCCAGGGAAACGUUGAGUACGACAGCACCAAUGGGGCCACCUUCACCAUCCGUCAGGAGGGCGAUGGCCCGUUGAUCCAGUCCAACUGGUACAUCAUGUUCGGGCGCGUCGAGUACCAGAUCAAGGCGGCUUCGGGACGGGGUAUCGUCAGCAGUGCAGUGAUGCAGUCCGAUGACCUGGACGAAAUCGACUGGGAAUGGCUGGGCGUCAACAACGCUCAGGUGCAGACCAACUACUUCGGCAAAGGAGAUACGAGCUCCUACAAUCGCGGCGCAUUUCAUGACAAUGCGGGAAACCAGGACAGCUACCACACGUACGCUGUUGACUGGACUAGUGAACAGAUCGUCUGGUCCAUUGAUGGCCAAACCAUUCGCGUUCUCACUCCGGACACUGCGGAUCCCGGCCAGUAUCCCCAGACCCCGAUGAUGGUCAAGGUUGGCGUGUGGGCAGGCGGCGACCCCAGCAAUGCGGCGGGAACUAUUGCAUGGGCGGGCGGCGAGACGGACUACAGUCAAGGCCCAUUCACCAUGUACAUGAAGUGGCUGAAAGUGACCGAUUACUCCACCGGAACGUCGUACAGCUACAGCGACAAGAGCGGCUCGUGGAAGUCCAUCACGGCCGACGGUGGCCAAGUCAAUGGAAACAGUGCCGCAGAGCCCAAAUCGACCCAGUCGGCGCCCACCGUGACCGAAACCGUUGCCAGUGUCCCGAUUCCAUGGAGCGGAACGCACAAGGAGACUGCCAGCUUUGUUACCCCCGAUGUCUGGCCAUUUGUGACCACCGGAGCACCCUCGGGAUCCUCCUAUCCCUCCGGCUGGGCCAAUGGCUCCGGACACGUCAAACCGCCUGGCGGGGGUUCAGUGAGUGAGCACUUCCCUGCACCUUCCACCCCCUACCGUAUCUCCAACUCGAUCACUAAGACGGACCCUCCCCUAUUGCAGUCUACGCCCCUCUUCUUGUCACCGUCCUUGCCUUCGGCAUCGGCUGUCUCUUCCCAUUUCGUGCAUAAAACUUCGCACAGAAUCACGACCCGAACUUUGACCACCAGCACUUCCUCAAAGACCACGACCACACACACGACCAAGACUACUUCAUCCACGGCGAGCAGUGCUUCCUCGUUGCCCACAAAUACAGCUGCUCCUUCGGUGAAUGAUGCGAGUGUCUUCAGUCCGCAGGCAAUUCUGGCUGUUUCUUGGGUGCUUCUCGGGGGUAUUAUGGUGGUCAUGCUGUGA